AUGGCGCCGAACAUGAGGCUGGAGAAGCUCAAGCUCAGCACGUUGUUGACUUUCAUGCGUUGUCACAGGGGCUCUAGUGAUGAUCACUCAAGGAUUGGGACAGUGGGGUUCUCCCGAGUCGUGUACGUCAACGAGCCUGAUAGGCUUCAAGAGGAGGGAUUCGGUUACCUGCUGAAUGAAGUGUCGACGACAAAGUACACUCUGGCCACCUUCCUGCCCAAGUCCCUCUUCGAGCAGUUCAGGAGGGUGGCCAAUUUCUACUUCCUUGUCUCUGGUAUCCUCGCCUUGACUCCACUCGCACCUUACACGGCAGUGAGCGCGCUUGCGCCGCUCUGUGUCGUGAUUGUAGCCACCAUGGCAAAAGAAGGGGUUGAGGACUGGCGGAGGAAACAGCAGGAUCACGAGCUCAAUAAUCGGAUAGUCAAAGUGCAUAGGGGAAAUGGCCAUUUUGAAGAGACAAAAUGGAAGAAUAUCAGAGUUGGAGAUGUAAUAAAGGUGGAGAAGGAUAAUUUCUUUCCUGCUGAUAUGAUUCUGCUUUCAUCUAACUAUCCGGAUGGAAUCUGUUAUGUAGAGACUAUGAACCUCGAUGGUGAGACAAAUUUGAAAAUUAAACAAGCUCUCGAGGUGACAUUAGAUUUACAGGAGGACAUAAAGUUCAGGGAAGUCAGACAAACAAUAAAAUGUGAAGACCCAAAUGCGAACCUCUACUCCUUUGUCGGUUCAAUGGAAUGGAGAGGCCAGCAGUAUCCCCUGUCACCCCUACAGCUUCUUCUUCGGGACUCAAAACUACGGAACACAGACUACAUAUAUGGGGCUGUCAUCUUCACAGGUCAUGAUACAAAAGUGAUGCAAAAUGCAACUGAUCCACCAUCUAAAAGAAGUAAGAUUGAGAAGAAAAUGGAUCAAAUUAUUUACCUUCUGAUGUCUUCUCUACUCAUGAUUGCAUUACUUGGUUCUGUCUUCUUUGGGAUCUGGACCAAAGAGGACCUAAGAGAUGGUGAGCUCAAACGGUGGUAUCUUCGGCCAGAUGCUGCUACUAUAUUCUAUGAUCCAAAGAGAGCAGCUUUGGCAUCUUUCUUUCAUUUGUUGACGGCCUUGAUGCUAUACAGCUACUUCAUUCCCAUUUCUUUGUAUAUAUCCAUUGAGAUGGUCAAGAUCUUGCAAGCUCUAUUCAUCAACCAGGAUAUUGAAAUGUAUCAUGAAGAAUCAGAUAAGCCAACUCAUGCUCGUACUUCGAAUCUAAAUGAAGAACUAGGUAUGGUUGAUACAAUUCUAUCCGAUAAGACUGGAACAUUGACGUGCAACAUGAUGGAGUUCAUCAAGUGUUCAAUUGCUGGUACUGCCUAUGGUCAGGGUGUCACUGAAGUUGAGAGAGCUAUGGCUAUGAGGAAAGGUGCCAGGUUAGAUGAUGACAUUGAAAAUGGAGACCACAAAGAUGAAAAAAUUGACAACAGUCCCCAUGUUAAAGGUUUCAAUUUCAAGGAUCCACGAAUAAUGGAUGGGAAGUGGAUUCAUGAGCCUAACAGAGAUAUGAUAAGAGAUUUUUUCCGUCUCCUAGCCAUCUGCCACACAUGCAUUGCGGAAAUAGACGAAAAUGAGAAGGUUUCAUAUGAAGCUGAGUCCCCUGAUGAAGCUGCAUUUGUUAUUGCAGCAAGAGAACUAGGGUUUGAGUUUUACAAGAGGUCGCUGGCAACUAUAAUUGUUCGUGAACGGGAUCCAAGUCAGAAUGUUGUUGAGAAAAGAAUGUAUGAACUCCUAAAUAUAUUGGAGUUCAGUAGCUCAAGGAGGCGGAUGUCUGUGAUAGUCAAGGAACCAGAGGGAAGGAUAUUACUUCUCAGCAAGGGCGCAGACAGUGUGAUGUUCAAAAGACUUGCACCAAAUGGAAGAAAAUUUGAAGAAGAAACAAGAAGACACAUAAAUCAGUAUUCUGACUCUGGUCUAAGAACCUUGGUUCUAGCAUACUGUGUCUUAGAUGAGAAAGAGUACAAGGAAUUCAAUGAAAAAUUGAAUACUGCCAAAGCAUCUGUAAGUGCUGAUAGAGAUGAAAAAAUUGAGCAGGCUGCUGAUAGCAUUGAACGGGACUUGAUUCUUCUUGGUGCUACCGCAGUUGAAGAUAAGCUCCAGCAAGGGGUGCCUGAAUGCAUAGACAAGCUUGCACAAGCCGGAAUUAAGAUAUGGGUCCUGACAGGCGACAAGAUGGAGACGGCAAUCAAUAUUGGGUUUGCAUGUAGCCUGCUUAGACAAGGCAUGACACAGAUAAUCAUCACACUGGAACAACCUGACAUCAUCGCGUUGGAGAAAAAUGGUGACAAACAAACAAUUGCUAAGGCAUCAAAGCAAAGGGUUAUGGGUCAGAUAGAGGAUGGAAUCAAACAAAUUCCACCUUCCACUCAAAUUAGCACUGCAUCAUUCGCACUAAUCAUUGAUGGUAAAUCACUAACUUAUGCUUUGGAAGAUGAUGUCAAGUUUAAGUUCUUGGAUCUUGCUAUCAAGUGUGCAUCAGUGAUAUGUUGCCGAUCUUCACCAAAACAGAAGGCACUGGUUACAAGACUUGUUAAACAAGUAACACAUAAAGUGACUUUAGCAAUAGGUGAUGGGGCAAAUGAUGUUGGCAUGCUUCAAGAAGCUGACAUAGGGGUUGGCAUCAGUGGUGCUGAAGGAAUGCAGGCUGUCAUGGCUAGUGAUGUUGCUGUUGCCCAAUUCCGCUUCUUGGAACGGCUACUUCUGGUGCAUGGACAUUGGUGUUACCGCCGUAUUUCAAUGAUGAUAUGCUAUUUCUUCUACAAGAAUGUUACUUUUGGUGUCACUAUCUUUCUGUACGAAGCAUUUGCAUCUUUCUCCGGGAAGCCAGCUUAUAAUGAUUGGUUCUUGUCACUCUAUAAUGUUUUCUUCACCUCCCUUCCUGUCAUUGCUUUGGGGGUAUUUGACCAGGAUGUGUCUGCCAGGCUGUGCAUACAGUAUCCACAACUAUACCAAGAAGGAGUGCAGAAUAUAUUAUUCAGUUGGCAUCGGAUACUUGGCUGGAUGCUUAAUGGUGUUAUGAAUGCUGUCUUAAUCUUUUUCUUCUGCAUCACUGCCUUUGAGGACCAGGCAUUCCGUCAGGAUGGUCAAGUUGCGGGCUUGGAUGCUCUAGGUGUCGUCAUGUACACUUGUGUUGUAUGGGUUGUCAACUGUCAAAUGGCGCUCUCUGUGAACUACUUCACCAUAAUCCAGCACAUAUUCAUAUGGGGCAGCAUUGCAGUAUGGUACCUCUUCCUCUUGGUUUAUGGUGCCAUAAACCCGAGGUUCUCAACUACAGCCUACAUGGUCUUCAUCGAACAGCUGGCCCCAGCCCUCUCAUUUUGGUUGGUGACACUUUUUGUUGUGAUGGCAACACUUGUCCCCUACUUCAGCUAUGCCGCGAUCCAGAUCCGUUUUUUCCCAAUGUUCCACAACAAGAUUCAGUGGAAACGGUACUUGGGGAAGGCUGAAGAUCCAGAAGUGGCAAGGCAGUUGUCAUCACGACACCGGACCUCGUCGCAGCAGAGGAUGGUUGGUAUAUCUGCUCGUCGCGAUGGUAAGGCUAUGCAAAUAACAAGGGAGACAGAGCUAGAAGUUCAGGCGUAG